UCUCAACUAGAGGAAGCCAGGAGAUUUCAUCUGUCCUUAUAUACAAAGGAUGAAGUGGAUAUUGCACCGUCUGAUGCAUCAAAAAAUGAACUGCUACGAGCGAUGGACUUAAGGCUCACUGCUUUAAGAGAGGAAUUGGCUGCUGCUAUUAACCAAGCUGCUGGUGCCACCUGCUCUCUUAAGGAGAUCACUGACUUGGAAAAACUUUCUCAUCAUUUUGGAGCCUUAGAUUUAAGGAAUUCUUUGUGCAAGUUAGUAGAACUGAGCCAAAAGAGCCAGAAUGUGGAUUUUCCAAGUGACGACAAGCCUCUGUUGACAAAUGAUUCAAGGAAUGACAGAGUCAGUAAAACAAAUGGGGGUGCUCAGAUGUCCAAAGAACCACAAUCUGAUACACCGGUAAAAUAUGGCGUCUCUCCUGCAAAAGUUGCCCAGGUUGAGAGACAAAACUCAUCGGAAAGCGAGGAAUCUUCUUACUCGAGUGAGGAGGAUCAACCAUCUGUUGAAAGGAGUAGGACUCUUAUAAGAUCUGCAUCACCUAGAAGGUCAGCAUCUCCAAUGCGGAGGAUCCAAAUUGGGCGAUCUGGAUCACGUAGGGCCACUGCACUAACUAUCAAGAGCCUCAAUUUUAUUCCUGCUAGGGAAAGGGUAGCGUCUCACAGAGAUGCUGCUGCAAACAGCAGUGAAGAGGAAAGAUCUGAGCAACCCUCCAAAAAACCUGAGACCAAUGUACGGAGAAUGAGUGUGCAAGAUGCAAUCAAUCUAUUUGAGAGGAAACAGAGAGAUCAAACUGUUCAGACGACAGGUUCAGUGUUAAAUGCGUCUGUUGGUGCGAACAAAUCUGUGCUUAGAAGAUGGAGUGCAGGAAUGGGGGAGAGUUCUGCCCAAUGCAUCCCUGAUAAUGUUGCUGAAAGUUCUGUAACUCCCAUUGGAGAAAUUCAGACGAGCUCCCAAGAAGUGGAAUCAAAGCCUGAUGUUAUAUCUGGAGCUAGCAGUCCUGUAGAGACUGCUGAAGUUGUUGACAAAUUGAACUCAUCCGAGAAAAGAGGAUCUCAUCCAAUGGGUGUGCAAGUUGAUACUCUUCUAACUGAAAGAGACGGAAGUAAUGAAAAAUUAACUGCAUCAGCUGAAUGGAGUCGACAGAAAGAAGCAGAGUUGAACCAGUUGCUGAUGAAGAUGAUGGAAAGUAAGCCUGUCAGAUAUCAGAAGGCAGGGCCUGAUAAUAGCAAAAGCCAAAAUGUUCCGAGCCAGCUGGGGGCUGGAUUUUAUGAUCACUAUAAGGAAAAGAGGAAUGAAAAACUCCGAGGAGAAGCUUCUGGAAAGCGAGCUGAGAAGGAAGCACAAUUUAGAGCAAUGCAGCAGAUUCUUGAUGAAAGAAAGGCUGAAAUGGCCUCUGCAACUGCAAGUCAUGUUGGCAGAAGACAUCCUGGGAGUAAACCUCAAAAAUCACCAAAAGAUUUACGGCAAUCUGCAAAUCCCAAGAAGGAAACCUCAAAACCUACUGUUGUGAAGAAAGCUUCAUCUAAACCAUCUCCACUGCCUGCAAUGCGUAAAUCAUGGCCAUCAACACCAUCACCAAGAGCUACAGGGACAUCACCAGCUAAAACUCCCGCUGGGACGAUUUCUGCUGGUACCACUCCUACACGUCGGAAACCGCAACCAGCGCCAUCCGUUCCUCGAUCAAGCCCAAAAGUGGAAAGAUCACAACCACGACCAAAGACUGUGAAGGCAACCCUGAAUGAUACUCACAAGAGCAUUAAGGGUGUCAAUGAGAAGCGGCAGCAUACUGUAACUGAGAAGAAGCAGCAAACUGUGACCGAGAAGAAACAGCAGCAAACUAUGACCGAGAAGAAGCAGCAAACUGUGAUGAAAAGUGGGAGAACUACAAAAGCCAAAGCUCAGAAUAAUUCUGGAGAUGAUUCAUCCAUGAUGAAACCUAAUUCCUAUAGCAAGGUGAAGAAGAGCACUGUGGUACCACUAGAAUCGAAACCUUUUCUCCGUAAGGGCUCUGGCAUUGGCCCUGGUGUCGGUUCAGUUGCCAAGACAAAGUUUCCUUCUCAGCCUGAGGAGUCUUUGAGAAACUCUGGUGAUAUUAUCCAAGCUGAGGAGAAAGAGGUGGUGGCAACCAACACUUCUGACAUGGUCACACAGCAGCAGGAGAGCAAUCUUGAAGCACAGGAAAUCCCUGGUGACUUAGAACCGGGAACUACAGAGUCAAAUAUCACCAAGGAAUGCGAAGACACGGAGAGCACUAGUCAAGUUACUGCCAAUGAUGAUGAUAGCUUUCCAAGAAUGGCAGAAUCUGCAUUAAAAACUGAAGCUGAAGAAGUAUCAAUCAUCUCCCCAGCAGCCUGGGUGGAAAUAGAAGAGCUCCCGGACGAGCCUAUUCCAUGCAAUGAAAACACUUCACAACUCGCAUCUUCAGCUACUGUUGCACUGGUGGGAAUGUCAAGUCCACGUGUUCGCCACUCUCUGUCGCAAAUGCUGCUCGAGGACAGCAGUGAACCUGACACUACUGAGUGGGGAAUUGCUGAGAAUCCUCCUGCCAUGAUCUACCAAAAAGAUUCACCAAAAGGAUUGAAGAGGCUCCUGAAGUUUGCUCGAAAAAGUAAGCCCGAUUCAAAUUUGACUGGUUGGGCUAGCCCGCCUGUCUUCUCUGAAGGAGAGGAUGAUGCUGAGGAAUCUGGAGCUGCUAGUAAGAAAAAUGCUGACAAUCUACUGAGGAAGGCUACUCUUCAUGCAAAGAACUAUAGGCAGCCAAAGAGUUUCUCAAGUGAAGCGUAUGAGAAAAAUUCAACUGCUCAUGAACUCUAUGCCCAAUCAAAGCAAAGCAAAUCCGAUGCUCAAAGUUCUUCUCACAAGUUGCAGGAGGGCCAUAUCUUUACUUCAGCGACCACAACUAAAGCAACAAGGUCAUUCUUCUCUCUUUCAGCAUUUAGGGGCAGCAAGCCGAAUGAAACAAAGCUUCAUUAACGCAGAGGACAUCAGGAAGUACGAGGGUUGUAAGUUUUAACACAUACCCUUCUCCAUGACCUAACACGAGUGAGUUUUGAUUCAAGACAAAUGUUUCUUUUCUCUUUCUCCUUUCCUGCUGCCAUAUGGUGUGUUCCUGGGGGUAUUUGUGUGUGGUUACGAUUCUGUAGAGAAGUCUGGUAGUCUCAGGUUUUCAUCAGUGAACAUUUGAAUAUACUCUGUAACGACAUAGGCUAGAAACUUGGCUUGGGGUUGGGGUGGGCAACAAAGUAUUUGUAAUUUGUCUAGGAGCUGCCCUUUUUGUUUGUAUGUGAUAAGAAACCACUGCAUAAUAUUAUUUUAGCUUUUGAGGUUUUUGUAUAUUGCUUCCUUUUGUAUUUAAAUCUAUAGACUCUUCUUAUAUUGCUUUGGUUCGACUUUGCCCUAUCUAUUUUGUCAGCAG